AUGACGGAAAAAAUUACAGUCAUGAUGCAGUGGCAGUUGGUGUUCACAGCGGCGGCGGCGGCGGCUCUAGCCUUCUCCGUCCAGGCGGAAGACGAAUGUCGCCCACCCAGACCCGGGGACAAGCACGUCCACGCCUGGGAGUGUUGCAGCGUGCCCGGAGCCAUGCUACCAGAGAAGGCCAUCGAGGAGAUGAAGAAAUGCACCGAGAAGUUUCCUGUCGCGUUCAGACCUCCAGGUCCCCCCUCCGGAGGUCCUGGUGACGUCACCGACUUGAAGAAAGCUCACACCUGCGCCGCCGAGUGCGUUUUUAACGAGAGCAAACUUCUGACGUCAGACAAAAAACUGGAUAAGGCAGCCAUCACAAAGCUCUUCUCUUCUAUCGUCACGGGAAACAAGGAUAUGGACGCGCUCAUGACAACGGUUCUCGAUAAGUGCUUCGCCUCCUACGCCGCCGACGUGGACCAAAGCUCGGAGUGUAAGAGUGGAGCUAAAGAGCUGGAGCACUGUGUGAUGAGAGAAGGUUUCCUCGGCUGCCCGAAAUCCUUGUGGACCGCCAGUUCCGACUGUGAGGAGCUCAAGACCAAAGUUACGAAAUGCCCAAAAUUCCCCGUCAUGAUGCUACAACCUCCUCGUAUGUGAUGUGCAGUAUUCAUGUAACCUCUAAGUAUUCUAGUAGAUGUAUAGAACAAUAUAGGUACUAUGGAUAAAUAAAAAUAAGAACAUGGAUUUCUUUACGAA